GGAGGCGGCUGGCGAUCCGUGCCUCCAGCCAGUUGCGCGCAGAGCGCAGAGUAGGGACGUCGGUCUGUGCGGAGGGUCUCGGCAGGCGCCGCGGCACCUCGCUGGGCCAUGGCACCUCCUGUCAAAGGGAAAAGGAAACAGUCAGAGGGCAGUGACCCCCUAGACCCCCCUGUGUCCCCUCAGCCUGAUGGUGGACAGAGCAGGAGCCAGAGCCCUGUCCAGCUGGAGGACCCCCCCGAGGCAGGCGGGGAGCGGGAGGAGGAGCAGGAGCGGGAGGAGGAGCAGGCCUUCCUGGUCAGCCUCUACAAGUUCAUGAAGGAGCGACACACGCCCAUCGAGAGGGUGCCCCAUCUUGGCUUCAAGCAGAUUAACCUGUGGAAGAUCUACAAGGCCGUGGAGAAGCUGGGGGCCUAUGAGCUGGUGACCGGCCGGCGCCUCUGGAAGAAUGUGUACGAUGAGCUGGGGGGCAGCCCGGGCAGCACCAGCGCGGCCACGUGCACGCGCCGCCACUACGAGAGGCUGGUCCUCCCAUAUGUGCGGCACCUGAAGGGGGAGGAUGACAAGCCACUGCCCCCCUCCAAGCCCAGGAAGCAGUACAAGAUGGCCAAGGAGGCUCAGGGGGACGAUGGUGCCGCUGAGAGACUGAAGAAAGCCAAGGAGGAGAAGCAGGUAGACCAGAUGACACCAGGAAAGACCAAAACAGACGCCCCCGACCUAGCAAGGCUUCCCAGCCAGGAGCCCCCCAGGGACAGCAUGGAACAGCCAGGCCCAGCCCCUGGGCCCUCUCUGCCCUUUGUGGGUGCCAGCGGCUGCCCUGAGGCCUACAAGAGGCUCCUGUCCAGCUUCUACUGUAAAGGGACACAUGGUAUCAUGUCACCACUGGCCAAGAAGAAGCUCCUGGCCCAGGUGAGCAAGGCAGAGGCCUUGCAAUGCCAGGAGGGGGGCUGUCGCCAUGGGGCAAGUGGGGAGCCCCAGGUGCCCUCAACUGUUCAGCCCCUGGAGAGCCCCCAGAGCCCAGGAGGGCUGGCUGAGAACUCCAGGCACCAGCUGACACCUCCGGAAGGGGUGCAGGGCCCUGGUGGCAGUCUUAGGGAGGAGGCUCAGGUGGGGCCUCGCCCCUCUGCCCCCACCUUCACCGGCUGCCUCCACACCUACUCUUCUGAGGUGCUGAAGCCCAUCAGCCAGCACCCCCGGGACUUCCUCCCCAGUCUUAAAGAUGCGGUGUUACUGGGGCCCCCUGGCAAAGAGGAAGGGCUGCCGACCAAGGAGCCCCAGCUGGUAUGGGGUGGGGAUGCCAACCGUCCCUCUGCAUUCCACAAGGGCGGCUCCAGGAAGGGCAGCCUCUACCCCAAACCCAAAGCCUGCUGGGUGUCCCCCAUGACCAAGGUCCCUGCUGAGAGCCCUGUGCCCCUGCCCACCUUCCCAAGCAGCCCAGGCCUGGGCAGCAAGCGCAGCCUGGAGGAAGAGGGCUUGGUUCAUGGUGGCAAAAAACUGAGGGCAGUGUCUCCUUUUCUUAAGGAGGUGGAUGCCAAGGAGUGUGGGACCAAGUCUGUAGGGCCUGGCUUGGCUGUCUCCUGCCUGCUGGGCCCAGCCCUAGGGCCCACCUUCCCAGAGGCCUACAGAGGUACCAUGCUGCGCUGCCCACUGAACUUCACUGGCACCCCAGACCCCUUAAAGGGCCAGGCCCCACUCCCCUUCAGCCCCCUGGUCAUCCCGGCCUUCCCGGCCCACCUCCUGGCCACUACAGCGCCCUCGCCCAUGGCCGCUGGCCUCAUGCACUUCCCCCCAGCAUCUUUCGACAGUGCCCUUCGCCACAGACUUUGUCCGGCCUCGUCUGCGUGGCACGUGCCACCUGCCACAACCUAUGCAGCGCCCCACUUCUCUUUCCACCUCAACACCAAGCUGUAGACCUGAGCCCGCAGUGCUGUGAUGCAGUGCGGGGUCCUAUGCGGCCCAGGAUGGGGAGGCACUGCCGGAAGCUCUGGGCUGGAGCCCCCUUCUCAGGAGAGCUUGGCUGUGCCUAAGGCAGGGAUGUCGCCCUGGCUGGGCAGCCUGGCACAAAGAGAGGCAGUGGGAAAACUGAGUUUCUCUCUCAAGGAGGCAGCCAGAGCCUGAGGACCGUGAGCCCCAUGGUUGCAAGGCCUUGGGAGAAGACAGUGCAGGGCCAACCGCUCCUGGCCGGGGCCCCAGAGCAGAGGCCCGCAGCGGGGUGAAGGGCCAGGGAGCUGGUCAGCAGCUUGAGGUGUCCAGGCUGCCCAUGGAAAAUCCAAUAAAAUGCCUGUGGAUUCACGCA